CCUCCAUUCAUACCACACCCCUAUCUAGUUAGGAAAAGCCAAAAUACCAACAGCUACUAUAAUUUAUAAACACUCCUCACCCAAAUACCCACUUGACUCUCUCUCUCUCUCUUCCCUUCCUCUGAAGGCAAUUCCUGCAAAACCCACCAGCCAUUUGGCAUUCCUGAGAUUGGGGAGCAACUGAAACAUGGCGCAGAUUUUAGCACCCUCUACACAAUGGCAGAUGAGAAUCACAAGGAACUCAGUGAGUUCAAGUCCCAUGACAACAAAGAUGUGGAGUUCUCUAUUGUUGAAACAGAAUAAGAAAUGGUCAUCUAAAAGCUCAGCUAAGUUUCAAGUUUUUGCUGUGAAGUCUGAAAAUGGUACUAUCAAUAGGAUGGAAGAUCUACUAAAUUUGAACCUCACUCCAUUUACUGACAAAAUUAUUGCUGAGUACAUUUGGAUUGGAGGGACUGGGAUUGAUCUGCGUAGCAAGUCAAGGACUAUUCCUAAACCUGUUGAACAUCCAUCUGAGCUUCCCAAGUGGAAUUAUGAUGGAUCGAGUACUGGUCAAGCACCGGGUGAAGAUAGUGAAGUAAUUCUAUACCCUCAAGCAAUUUUUAAGGAUCCUUUUCGUGGUGGUAACAAUAUCUUGGUAAUUUGUGAUACAUACACGCCAGCAGGCGAGCCUAUCCCAACAAACAAACGUCACAGGGCUGCUGAGAUCUUCAGUAACAAGAAGGUUGUGGAUGAAGUUCCUUGGUAUGGGAUAGAGCAAGAAUACACCUUACUUCAAACAAAUGUGAAAUGGCCAUUAGGAUGGCCCGUUGGAGGCUAUCCUGGUCCUCAGGGUCCUUACUACUGUAGUGCCGGGGCAGACAAGUCAUUUGGCCGUGACAUAUCAGAUGCUCAUUACAAAGCUUGCUUAUAUGCUGGAAUUAACGUCAGUGGCACCAAUGGGGAGGUUAUGCCCGGCCAGUGGGAGUAUCAAGUAGGACCUAGUGUGGGAAUUGAAGCUGGAGAUCACAUUUGGUGUUCAAGAUACAUUCUUGAGAGAAUUACUGAACAAGCUGGUGUUGUUCUCUCACUUGAUCCAAAACCAAUAGAGGGUGAUUGGAAUGGUGCAGGAUGCCACACCAAUUACAGUACAAAGAGCAUGAGGGAGGAUGGAGGCUUUGAGGUUAUAAAGAAGGCAAUUUUGAACCUGUCACUUCGCCACAAAGAGCAUAUUAGUGCCUAUGGAGAAGGGAAUGAAAGAAGGUUAACUGGAAAGCAUGAAACAGCCAGCAUUAACACAUUUUCUUGGGGAGUGGCUAAUCGUGGUUGCUCGAUACGUGUGGGGCGUGAAACUGAGCAGAAAGGCAAAGGGUACUUGGAAGAUCGGCGUCCAGCUUCAAACAUGGACCCUUACACUGUGACCGCACUAUUGGCAGAAACUACAAUUUUAUGGGAGCCAACACUGGAGGCUGAAGCUCUAGCUGCUCAGAAGCUGGCAUUGAAUGUUUAAAGUCUAUUUGUUCAGCAUAACCUGAAGACAUUGAGAAAGAAAUUACUGGGAAUUAGUUAGCCCACAUGCAGGGAAGCUUUUUCCCUUCUAGAUUUGUUAGAGCAGAUCUUUUGUAAAUAAGGGUCAUUAAAGUGAGUGAUUGUUCAUGCCCAAGCUUGUAGAAUGGCUUAUCAGGUGUAAGACAUCCUGCAUCAUGAAUACAUUUGACAGCUGUUGGGCAUAUCACUUGGGAUGUCUGCACCUUCAAUGUUCUCAGACUUGGUUCUUCUAUGAUGUUCAUACCAUUGAAUUGUGUUUUUUCUUGGCUGAAUGAAUUGUGGACUGUAUCUUUAGCAA